AUGGCGACCGACGGGCAUGGGUCGCUGCUGCCCGAUCAGCUGUUGAGCCAGAUGACCUUUGAAAAGCAACAGGAAGGCGCCCAUCGUGAAAGUUUCGACCGGCUCCUGCCCAGCAUCGACGAACCACGCCCGACUUCACCUAUCAGACAGAGACCAUGGUCUUCGCAGGGUAUCAAGUCUACGCUAUCUCCAUCCCCAGCAUUGCUAGACGAUCGGAAAAGCUCCAAAGAUGACAGUGAUAUUUCUACGCACCCGAUCACUCCUAAGAGAGCAGAUUUCGGCUCACGUACGCUGAGUCUGCAGAUGCCGCCAAGAGACUUCAGCAGCACCAGCACAGCAAACUUAUCGAAGCGCGUCCCUGUUUCGCCAAAGCCAGACUCCGCCUCCGCAUAUCCCUCCCCAACAUCUGUCCUCCCCCGUCGCUCAAGAGGAUUGGAUUUCUCGAGGGCAGCGACGAACUUACAUCACUCCACCCUCGCAGAGCAGCCGUCACCUGAAUGCUCGCCAUCGGUCGGAGGUCGACGAGGGUUGAACAUACCAGGACGAAAAGGCUUUUGUAGUCCGCCUGAGGCAGCCAGUGUUCCAGACUCGCCGAGAAAUAUGCCUGGCUCGCUAUGGUCAAAUUUCCAGAGCGCUGACAGAGCAGGGCUGUCUAGCUCUUUGGGAAGUUCUGCGAUCAUGGACAAUGACUCUGGAAGUAGCUCUUCAGAUGAGAUGAUGGACCUUGGUGAAGACGAUGACACCAUUCACAUGAACCCCAACAAUGGCCUGAGCUUGGUGAAUCCCUUUGGAGUGGCAACUCCGAGCGCUAGCGGUGACUGUAUCGGAGCAUACACUCCAGCCCCACAGCAUCUUUUGAGCUACCAGCGAGCCCGCCUUAAAUCUCGCAGAAGUAGGGUCCGCGGUAGCUCAAGCAGUGCUAGUGGACAGAGCAACAUGCAGUCACCCAUCCCACCCUCUCCACCGCUUUUGAGAAGUAUCGAGACCAAUCUGGGCGUUGGCGGAAACUACUUGUUGGAUGAACCUGCGAGGAAGGAAAUUGAUUCAAGGAGACAAUCUCUGAGUCUUGGUACAAAUGAAAUGCGAUUAUCUGACGCAGAACAAAGUGGUGAUGAAGGUCAAGGGCUUUUCAAUGGAGGCGAAGAGGGUUCAAUUCCUACAAUUGUGAAUCCUAGCCUAGAAGAGCGAAAACAGGUCGUUCGGAGGGCGCCUAAAAGCAAAGGUUUCGCGCGCAUAAAAGCGGCCUUACAAGAGGAAGGAGCACCCAUCGACGUUGACCUUCGACGGGAAGCCGAAGUCAUACGACAAGUCCGUGAGAAUGACGCUGAUAGCGAUACCAACAACAUUCACCCUUCCCAGCCCACGACUAGUGCAUCUUCUCCAAGCCUUGGACCUGUUACUGCAGGCCCGUCUGACCAUAUCGAAGGUCUGCCUGGAGAUCUGUCAACGAGUAGCGAGGACUCAGGGCGGAGGAACUCUUCCAGUGCUUUCUCAGCUCAAGCAGCUCGACAGUCCUCUUAUUGGAACAACUAUGAUGAGAGGAUGCGAACUCCUCCGCCUCCACACGUCCCAAGAGCUAAUUCCUCAGGUAUCAGCGAUGACGUGAAUAUGGAGGCUAGCCAGACCGCCUCGUCGAUGCAAAUUCACCAGAAUGGCAUUCACAAGACGGUCUCUCAUGAGUCGAUAUCUUCGGGUACACAAGCUUUCCAUACAACCACGUUUGAGAUUCCCAAGAAAGGCAACAAACGAAUGCGUGAUGAUGAUCUGGAUCCAAUAUGCUUCAAACGCCGGGCGGUGUCCCCAAGCAUGAGCGUGCAGAACAGCCCUGUGCUCCCGCAGUCUCCAGGCUGGUGGGGCACUCCAAAAAGGGAUGACCGCCUCAACGUGACAGGUAGCGCAGGGAGUAAUGCCAGCACCGGGAAAAGGGUUGGGAUACAGGGCAUGAAUGAUACCAACGACGGGUUGAUGAACAUGGUUUUAGAAUAA